AGAGAGAGAGAGAAUGGGAGAGUGUCGACCUCUGGGUUUCUUGCUUGGAUUGCCCUUUGCCCUCAUUGCAUUGGUUUUAUCCCUUGUGGGAAUUGUCGUUUGGAUUAUUGGGUCGGUGUUGAGUUGCUUAUGCCCAUGUUGUAUAUGUUGUGCGGGCAUUGCGAAUUUGGCAAUGGAUACUGUGAAGCUUCCUGUUAAAGUGAUGAGAUGCUUCACUGAUCAGAUUCCUUGUUAAUGUCAGGUGUUUGAU